GCAUGUGCUGAGUGGGGUUCAAGAGCGAGAGGACGGCGCUAAUUUAUAAGGUGUAGCCGGCGAGAGGGAGGAGUCAAGAGAGUCGCCACCGUUGAAUUCUUCAUAUUUCUGUUCAAUUAUAUGAGAUGAGAGGUUCAAGGUGGAGUUUCGAUUGGUUCAAGCUUCUUCGGCCGGAUGUUCUUCUUUUUGUUUUAGUCUGGUUUUAUUACGGAUCGAGUAUUUGCUGCUGUCUCAAUACCGAAGGACAAGCGCUGUUGAGAUUUAGAGAAAGAGUGGUAAGAGAUCCAUACAGUGCCCUGUUGAGCUGGAAUGAUGACGUGCAAGAUGAAGAUGCCAAUCCUUGUUCUUGGUUUGGAGUUGGGUGCACAGAUGGGAGAGUAAUUACCUUAAAUCUGAAAAAUCUUUGUCUUGAUGGAACACUUGCGCCUGAGUUAGGAAAGCUAACUUACCUUAAAUCUAUCAAUUUACGCAAUAACUCUUUGUGGGGAAAAGUUCCAGAAGAGAUUGGGAAACUUAAAGAGUUGGAAGUGUUGGAUCUAGGCUACAAUAAUUUCAGUGGAUCUUUGCCAACCAAUCUUGACAACAAUUUGUCAUUGUCGAUUCUUUUAUUGGACAACAAUGAAUUUCUUGAUCAUUUUUCUCCUGAAAUUCAACAACUCAAGUUGAUUUCUGAAUCUCAAGUGGAUGAGAACGAUCUAACCUAUAGUUCUUGCACGGGUGUCAGUUGCACUAGCAGUUCUGGUUCCUGGAUCCCAAAACGGAAACUACUGCAGACAAAUGCCCACCACAAUAAGAAGAAGCCCAAAUUAUCACCGUCACCUUCACCAUCUUUGCAUUCGCCUUCACCCUCACCAUCACCGUCUCCAAUCCAAUCACAUAUAUCUUUGUCACCAAGCCCAUCACCAUCACCAUUAUCGUCUUCUCCAUCUAAAUCAUUUGUUCCAUCACCUUCUCCUGUAUUGACACCAAUUUCACAACCAGAAACUCCUUUACCUCCACUAAGCCAUCCUUCUUUGCCACCUUCCCCAAAUAUGAUUCCCGGACAGAGCUCUCACAAUCAUUCCAAACACAUUUACCGUGCGAUGAUCUGGUCUGGAGUAGGAGGGUCUUUUUUCUUUGUGGCUUCCGCACUUGGCAUUUUCUUUUGUCGACGAAAUAAGGUGGUUAUGGUGGGACCUUGGGCUACUGGGUUGAGUGGCCAGCUAAGAAAAGCAUUUGUCACUGGUGUUCCAAAGCUGCAGAGAUCGGAACUGGUAACUGCUUGCGAAGAUUUCAGUAAUAUAAUUGGUUCAUUAUCAGACGGAACAGUUUAUAAAGGGACUCUUUCUAGUGGAGUAGAGAUAGCAGUUAUUUCUACAGCAAUGAAGUCUGCUGAAGAUUGGUCUAAAUCAUUAGAGGGUCAAUUCAGAAAGAAGAUUGCGACACUUUCGCGGGUAAACCAUAAGAACUUUGUGAAUCUGAUCGGUUUUUGUGAAGAAGAGCAGCCUUUCACAAGAAUGAUGGUCUUCGAAUAUGCUCCAAACGGAACACUUUUUGAGCACCUGCACAUACGAGAAGCUGAGCGAUUGGACUGGGGGGCACGGUUAAGAAUAGCAAUGGGAAUUGCAUAUUGUCUAGAACAUAUGCACAAGCUGGUACCCCCGAUUGCCCAUGGUAAUCUAAUGUCUUCAUCCGUCUAUCUAACAGAGGACUACGCAUCCAAAUUAUCAGAUUUCAGUUUCUGGAAUGAAGUAACCGAAGCCAACAUGGCUUCAGCAGGCUCCUCUCUCUUGGAGACACCAUUGUCUGAUCCAAAGAGCAAUGUUUAUAACUUUGGUGUGCUUCUGUUCGAGAUGAUAACAGGUAGGCUUCCUUACUCUGUACACGAUGGCUCCAUUGCUAACUGGACUUACGAAUACUUUAGUGGCGAAAAGCCUAUAAGAGAGAUUCUGGACCCAAGUUUAAAAUCAUUCAAAGAGCAACAGCUUGAGAAUGUGUUUGAAGUUAUGAGGGAAUGUGUUGAUCAUGAUCCAGAAAAGAGACCAACUAUGGAAGAUGUCACUGCCAGAAUGAAAGAUAUCACGGCUGUCAGCCCUGAAGGGGCGACGCCAAAGAUAUCGCCUUUGUGGUGGGCGGAACUUGAAAUAAUGUCUACCGAAGGAAGUUAAAGAAAUCCGAGAAGAACAAAUAUGAUGAUUGUUAUUAUUUACUUUAGUUUAAUCCAAGAGAUCUCUUGCAUUAAACUUGCAAUGUAGAUGAGCCUACAUGUAUAUUUAAUUUUGUAUCUUAAAAAACCUAUUUUUUAUAUUUUGUUGUUGUUGUUGUACCUAAUAGAGAAAAUUUGUAUUGUUUUUUCACCUCAGUAAAACUGCAUAAAUCAAACUGUUUAAUUAAUGAAUUGUCAAUUCAAUGUUCAAAAUUUGAUA